UCUCAAUUCUCCACCACAGAUCGUCACCCUGUGCACGCGCCUGCAUAACGCGUGCGUCUUUUCUUUUUCACGCCACGCAAGGCAGUUAGCCUCUAUUGACGUUAUGCAAACGAUUCGGCUACUAUGUUGAUCCUGGCUAUGGUGUCUUGGUGGGACCACUGCGUCCUGGCAAACCUCACGGAGGCGCGUCUGGACAUCUUUAUCACAUCACGACGACGAGUGAUCCGUCAACCCUAGAAUCAGACUUGGUCUUGUAUGCUCGAUGCAUCUUACCAGGCCUUCGCGGGCGUCUAUCAAGCCCUUCUUUGGCUUUAUUCAUCUUCUUUUCUAUGCUGAUCCUACAUGGCUGGACGUAGUCCUUGUUUGCGUCGGCUGUGUUGCAGCUAUCGCAGCAGGAGUCCCGUUUCCCAUCGUGGCCAUUGUGUUCGGAAAAUUGGUUGACGACUUCAACGACGCAACAUGCAACCAGGACUCCGGAGGCUCGACCAAGUCAAUCGACUCGCAAAUCCUUCUAUUGGUCUAUCUCGCCAUUGCCAGCUUGGUCUUGAUCUAUGUACAUCUUGUGUGCUGGAGCAUAGCAUCUCAACGGUUAGCUCAACGCGUUCGUGAUCGAUAUCUGAGGAAUCUUUUACGACAGGACCUGGCUUUCUUCGACAACCUUCAAGCCGGCGAGGUAUCUUCUCGACUCAAUGGCGAUAUUCAGGCAAUCGAGAGCGGCACCUGCGAGAAAGUGGGUGUUGCUCUAGCAUGUGUGUCAUUUUGUGUCACUGCAUAUAUCGUUGGCUUCACCAGGGAUGCUGAGCUUACGGGCAUUCUGAUCUCGUUGAUCCCUGCAUUUUUGCUCAUGGCAGUGAUUGGCGGUCAUUUUUUCGGAAAGUAUACUGCGAAGCUGUCGGCAUGCUUUGGAUCAGCGAGUGCCAUUGCUUCUGAGUCUUUAAGUCAUAUCGGGCUUGUGCAUGCUCUCGGGGCCAACACAAGACUUGAGGAGAAGUUCAGAGCUCAUCUAGGGGAUGCUCGUGAAGCAGGUAUCAAGAAGGCGAAUACUGCAGCAGUACAGGCCGGUCUACUCUACUUUAUUGCAUUCUCAGCCAGUGCACUUGGAUACUGGCGGGGAAGCCGUAAAAUCGCCGAUGCGAUCGAGGGCAACGGAAACACGACUAUUGGACAGAUAUACACUGUGACCUUCAUUCUGUUAGAUGGCGCCAUUGUUCUAAGUCAGGUUGCUCCUUUAUUGCCACUCUUUGGAGGCGCGGUAGCUGCAUUCAAGCGUUUGCAAAAAGACAUUGAAACUCAGCCUACCAUCAACAAUAUUUCGGCCUCUUCCGAAAGCCCUUCUAUGGUUGAUGGAUCAAUCGAGUUUCGCAAAGUUGCUUUCACAUACCCAUCAAGGCCUGAUCAACCCGUCUUGAACAGCAUAUCUUUCGACUGUGAAGCUGGAAAGCUAACUGCGAUUGUCGGUCUUUCCGGAAGUGGCAAGUCGACCAUCGCUAGUCUUAUCAGCCGAUUUUACGAUCCACAGAGCGGGAAUGUUUGGCUUGAUGGGCAUGAUGUCAAGGAUUUGAAUGUUCGAACCCUUCGAGGGUUCAUCAGUCUCGUUCAGCAAGAGCCAUCACUCCUAGACCGGUCUAUUCUAGAGAACGUUGCGCUUGGCCUCAUCAACUCGCCGGCACAUUCGCACUUGGAGAAAACUUUGCUUAGCGAUACCUUGGCACAACUCACGGAGGAGGCUAGAAACGGCCACGAUCUUAUCGAAUCUGCUAAAAAGGCCGGACCUGAGGUGGCCGAAAUCAUUCAUUUGGUUCAGCAUGCAGCAGACCUCGCGGAUGUUGCUACUUUCAUCGAUCGUCUCGAGUUUGGUUUCGCCACGCUCGUCGGCUCAAGCGGGAGUCUCGUUAGUGGUGGACAGAAGCAACGGAUCGCUCUUGCUCGUGCCUUGGUUCGGGACCCAAAAAUUCUCAUCCUCGAUGAAGCCACAGCAGCUCUCGACUCGGCAAGCGAACAACGAAUCCAAGCCGCAAUCGAAAGAGCCUCCCAAGGAAGAACCGUCGUAUCGAUUGCUCAUCGGCUGUCGACCAUCAGGAAUGCAUCCAAGAUAAUUGUCAUGAAAAAGGGGACCAUCCUUGAGCAGGGCACUCACGAACAGCUUAUGAGCCAGGCAGGAUCCUAUGCAGAUAUGGUGCAUCUUCAAUCCGUCAAGCCCACCGGCGACGGGACAUCCAGCUCUAGAACAAGUCUUUCCGAAUCUGAGAUUAGUGUAGUUCCAAACGAAAAACAGGUGUUUGACCCAAAAGAGAGCGAUGCAGUCUUGGGGGGCGACGCAAAUUCUCCAGAUUCAGCGAGCACAACAAAAGAGCAAGUAGUUGCACGUUCGACUCGCAAGACAAUGGCUCCACUGGUACGACCGUACAUACUUCUUCUUGCCCUCGCAUUCUUCGCUGCUUUGAUCGUUGGUGGUCAGUACAUCGCGUCCAGUCUCUUGUUCGGGAAUAUCAUGGGCGGCAUGUCGCCCUGUAAUGAGCCAAACUAUAUUCGAUCACGAGGCGAACUUCUCUCCGGAAUGUGGUUCAUGGUUGCUUGUGUGGUGUUUUUCGCAAACUUCACAAGCUGGUCAGUCUUCGGACUAGUAUCUGAGCGAUUGGUUUACAAAGUCCGGAAUCUGUCUUUACAAGCCCUUCUGCAUCAGCCGUUGCAGUGGCACGAAUCCGAAGGGCGAAGCCCAUCGAGUCUUCUCGAGUUCAUCACCAAGGAUGGUAAUGCCCUAGCCGGGUUCAGCGGCUCUAUUGCCGGCACAUUGUUUUCCGUCAUCGUCAACUUCGUCGGUGCCAUCAUCCUCUCCCACAUCAUUGCCUGGAGGAUUGCAAUCGUCUGCCUUGUUACAGUUCCCAUACUUUUAGGUGCUGGGUUUAUGCAAUUUCGCGCCAUCGGACGCUUUGCAGCUAAACAUGCCAGUGCGUUCUCGUCUUCCAUUGGAGUUACAAUCGAGGCAGUCGCAAACAUCCGCACCGUCCAUGCACUUUCCAUCGAAGAUGAGAUCGUACAAACUUACCGAAGAUCAUUGGAAGGCCCACGUAAAGAAAUGGUGAAGCAGAGCUUGAAGACGAAUGUCUGGCUAGCAAUUGCCAACUCUUGCGGCUUCUUCAUCUACGCCUUGGCGUAUUGGUGGGGCUACAGGAACGUCAGUGAGGGCAGAUAUAAGCAGACCGAGUUCUUCAUUAUUCUCAUAGCUAUGCUUGUCUCCGCCCAGCUUUGGGGCCAGCUAUUCACCCUUGCUCCUGAGAUAUCGAAAGCCAAGGGCGCUAUAUCGCGUAUUUGUGGACUCAUCGAGCUGGGGGGAGACUCUUCAGGCAUACCAUCUGGUAGAUCGUCUCCGGCUUCCGGUUACAACGCAGAUGAGAAGCGAGAUAUAGAAGCGUUAGGGGAGUCAGCAUCACCUGCUUCGCCUGGAGGCGGCGGCGCUCAGGUCGUGUUCCGUGAUGUCUCUUUUUCGUAUCCCGCGCGUCCUGGCAUUCCAGUGCUCACAUCUUUGUCGCUUUCCAUCCAACCUGGCCAAUUCUGUGCACUUGUCGGUCCUUCGGGAGCAGGCAAGAGCACCGUUCUUGCCUUGCUUGAACGCUUCUACCGUCCCACUUCCGGCAGUAUUUUCAUCAACGGUUACGAUAUCUCGCAUCAUCACGGCGUCUCUUUCCGCGACGACAUCGCAUACGUACCUCAAGCUAAUGUGCUUUUCCAAGGAAGCAUAAAGUUCAACAUCUCUCUUGGAGCGCGACCAGGGCACACACCUACAGAUGAAGAGAUCCAAGAGGCUUGCAAGCUUGCCAACAUCCAUGAAACGAUUGUCGACCUGCCACAGGGCUACGAGACAGACUGCGGUGCCAAUGGCUCGCAGCUGUCGGGUGGCCAAAAGCAACGGCUGUCCAUUGCACGCGCUCUAGUGAGGAAACCAAAGCUUCUGCUUUUAGACGAGAGCACUAGCGCUUUGGAUGCAGAAAGCGAAAAAGCCUUGGAGCUUGGUCUUGAACGAGCUGUCAAGGGCCACGGCGUUACGGUCAUUGCCAUCGCCCAUCGGCUACGUACCAUUGCUAGGGCUGACGUCAUCUUCAUGGUGGAUGGGGGUAAAGUCGUAGAUCAAGGAAGACACGAAGACCUUGUGCAGCGUAGUGAAAGCUACCGUGUCAAUGCCUUGCAUCAGAUGGUAGAAUAGUCUUGUCCGCAUCAUCAUAAUAUAUUUCUAAUCUGUUCAAAACUGAUCAUAUCAUACCAACCCUUGGCUUCUGGCAGUUUUUUUAUCCACUCUUGGAACUCGGAAAGUUGAUAGAGUCUCUUACUCUUCUUUCGCACUAUUGAUACCAUCUAAUGAUAGAUACUCCAACUUGUGGACGAGCAUUUUCGUUAAGGAUUUAAAUGUUUAAAUCUUGUCUUCCAUGUAACUAGU